AAGAAAAAGAAGCGAACACAAAGCCACUGUUGUUUGGCCUUUUUUAGAGAGAGAAAGGAAAGCAAAAUAGAGGAGAACAAAAAAAAGUGAAGGCUCUCCUUCUCCAGAGUCCAGACACAAAAGUCCCUUCAGCUCAAUCUCAACUUAGCUUCCACUUCUCUCUCUAAUCCAUAACUCAACUCACUCCUCUCUUUCUCUCUCUACUCUCUUUCAAUAAUCUUAAUCUGAAGUAAAAUCGCGACAAAAUCGCGAAUCAGACCUAAUUAAUGCAUUUCUAGGGUUCUUGCGCCACUAAUUUUCACGUCUGAUUUCUCGAUCUAUAGCUGAAAUCAUCGCUAUUAUAGUUGAAGUUUUCACCAGAAAAUUCUAUGGCUACUACCGUCACUAAAGAGCCGUUGCAACCGCCGCAACAAGGUCCUUCUUCUGCUGCACCUGAAGAUGAAUCUUUGAAGAGAAACACUGAUUGUGUCUAUUUUCUUGCUUCUCCUUUGACCUGCAAAAAGGGAAGUGAAUGUGAGUACCGACAUAGUGAAUAUGCUCGUAUGAACCCAAGAGAUUGUUACUACUGGUUGAAUGGAAACUGCUUGAAUCCAAAAUGCUCAUAUAGGCAUCCUCCUCUGGAUGGCUUGGUGGGACCUCAAGUGGGAAACUUUGCUGCGCCCCCUGCUCUUGUUUCGCCUGUCCCACCCGUUCCUUCAGCUCCUCAAAAUUCAGCUAAGCAAGCAGUCCCCUGCAUUUUCUUUCAGAAGGGACAUUGUUUAAAAGGUGACAGAUGCCCUUUCAUGCAUGGCCCAAAUCCUCCUAGUACGAAGAUCCAACAGGUUCCAGCCAGCACUGUUGCUCCUGAAGCUCCUGCUUUCAAGAAAGCUUUUGGUAACCUUGAAAAGUGUACACAGCCAAAAGUGAAUAAUUACACGAAUGCACCCAGGGUUGUUGAAGCUCCACCUCAAGCAAAUGCAAUUCCGAAACAGUUUGCUCGGGCAAUGAAUGGAGAGCCUGUAAGAAAAGGCUACACACCUAGUGUUGUGAGGGAAGAUGCUCCCAAGUACAAAGAAAUAAAACCAUUUUCUAUUGACAAUGGGAACUUGAGAAGUAGGCCUGGGCGUACGCAUCAUGGUGGCUCAUUUGACGACCCAAAUUUUCCGAAUGGUAGAGAUGCUGAAGACUCAUUGAGGGAAUCCUCUCCUGGAUUUGAUGUACUUGUGGAUGAUAAGCUCAGCGAGGAUGAAUAUUAUCGCACUGAAGACCAAUAUGUGAGGAUGAGAGGUCAUGACAGAAAAAAUCUGAAUGAGUUUGACAUGGGUCAUAAGGAUGAUUAUAAUUCAGUUGCUGAUGUGGACCCUGACAUUCAUUACAAUCGACGUGGCUAUGAUUCAUUUGAUCGUGUGCCUGAGAAGUACGCUUGGGACCAUCGUAGAACGUCAUCAGAGAGAUCACUUGGUGAAUCUGCUCAUUAUGACAGGAAAGGUCCAUAUAAGCCAGAGGGUUCUGAUUUGAAUCAAAAUUCUGAUUUACGUCUCCGUUUAUCAAAACAAAGGAGGGGAAAUGGCUUGAAAUCAGUUGUUAACCCUGAUUACAGCCUUGAUAAUCAUGGUGAGGACCGAGGCUACAGGAGUACCCGGAGGGACUCUCGUCGAUCACCAAUACAUGAGAGUUCCCGUGGCCACCGCCUUCAGGGUAGAAUAAAGCUUCCAGGAAGAUCUUCUCCAGUGAGUGGUAAUGAUUUGUAUUCAGAGAGGGAAAAUGAAAGGGGUAGGAACUGGGGAAGAUCGUCUCCUACCAGGCAGCAAGUCUCUGGUCAACAAGGUCGUCUGCGAGAUAGAUUGAGUGGACGAAUUCAAGAUGAAAGCCGUGAAGGGAGAAAAAUAAAUGGUCCAGUGAUGAGAAUGGACACUGUUGCAGCUGAUGGUAUCAACUUUGCUGCUCCUAAACGUUUAUCGGAGCUUAAAGGCACCAGACAAACUGAUAGUAAACACCAGCAGUCGAAGACUCAACAAUCAGUUGCAGGUGGGAAGCUGAGAGACACUGUUCUAGCUAGUUCUCUUGCAACCGAGGGAAACAUCUCAUUUGCAGGCCCCAAGCCAUUAAGUGAGAUUUUAAAGCGUAAACGGACAACUUCCUCUAGUGGUACAAAUUCCGACAAUAAAGAAGAGAUCAAGCAGAAUGAAACUGACGUGACUUUGACAAGCAGCGCCUCAAACUCUGCUACAGAUACAGGAAAAGAAGCUGUUCCUUCCUCUGCAUCUGAGCAAGCAAAGUUUGGUGAAGAAGAGAAUAAGCCUCUGGUAGUUGAGGCAGAUGAGGAAGAGGGUGAAAUUUCAAAUAAGAAAAUAAAAUUGAAUGGUGAGGGUGAAUCUUCCUUACUCGACGAUAAUAAACUCCCUGAAGCAGGAGAGGCGUUGGUUGCUGCUGACGGUGAAGAGCAUGAAUUUGAUGAAGAGUAUGAUCAAGGAGACGGUGAAUAUGAAUAUGAACAGGAUGACGGGGAAGGGUAUCAUUUGAAUGUAGGUGAAACCGGUGAUCAAGAGGUAGACUCCAUGGAUGAGGACGAUGGAGAUGAUUUUGCAAAGACACUCGGUGUUUCUUUCUGAAAUAAAACUUCCUGGUUGAUCAUUUAUGUUGUUUCUAGUUAAAGUUAAUUCAGGUUUCAUCUUUCUAUUUUCCUUGUAUUUUCUUCUAAUUGUAUUAUACUGGUCCAAAAGAAAAUUUUCUAUAGUAUGGAGCCUUCAAUAGUUCUGUCUUUUUUCUGUAGACCACAUCAUUGUAACAUUAGAGUUAUGAAGGGAAUUUUUUAGUAGUUUGAUCCCACUUUA